CUCAGCAGAGCGGGCGGAUAAAGGGGCGGCCCGAGCCCAAGUCUGCGCCCAUCGCUUCAGGCCGUAGCUGGCGCGGGGACGGUGCCCCGCUCUCGUCGGCGCGUGCGAUGGAGCUGCCGGGCCUAGGCCAGCCCUGCUCCGCGAGCUCCUGCCGGCGGCUGGACUUUCUUCCUUUAAAAUGUGAUGCAUGUGAGGAGGUUUUCUGCAAGGAUCAUAUCACCUAUGACCAGCACAAAUGUACCUAUGCAUACAAGAAGGAUGUGCAAGUUCCAGUAUGUCCUUUAUGUAACACCCCCAUUCCGGUGAGAAGGGGAGAAAUGCCAGAUGUUGUAGUUGGAGCACACAUGGACAGGGACUGCAAAUACAAUCCAGCUCAGCAUAAAGAGCAGAUCUUCACAAACAAGUGCUUGAAGUCAGGCUGCAAAAGGAAGGAGAUGAUGAAACUAGUUUGUGACCAGUGCCAUGGAAACUUCUGCAUAAAACAUCGGCAUCCACUGGAUCAUGACUGCAAGGGGGCAGGCCGUCCUAUCUCCAAAGCAGGAUGUGCAGCUAUAAUGAGAGCCUCUGAAUCCAAUGUCAAGGUGAUGGGAUCAAGCACAGUGUCUCGUGGGCUUCUGCAGCAUAAUGGAUGCAGACAAUAUAGCAGGGGUAAUUCCUAAUGCUUGGAUCAAAUUUGUGCACCUACAUACUUUCUACACUGCAGACUGAUGACUAAAUUAAAUUGUUUUUGUACUUUUUUUAUAUCUCUACUAUUAAACAUCUUUCCUUUUGCAAAGAAUGGUAACUU